AUGGGUCCACUAUGUAGUGGUGUUCAGUACGCUUGUUCCUCUUCUUCUACCGAGCUACGCCCUACCCUACUCCCUCUUCUAUCGUCGGUCACGACCCGCCAUCACCGUCGAUCCUCUCCCUCGUCCACCGUGACGCUCUUCACCCUUCUAGGACGUCACGCCUCCCUCUAG